CAGCGCACAGAAACGGGACCAAAGCCCAGGCUCGAGAGGGAGACGAGGAAUCAGUAACCACAGCCGGAGGAUCUUGGCUAUUUGCCAGAAGAGAACUGACUGGUGCUAAGAAACCAGAGACAGAGCGAAUGACAGGAAGGGAAAGAGGGCCCACCCUUGGGACUGCCUGAAACACUCAAAGAAUGAAAAAGAAACGUCGGGAAUCCGAGACGGGCUGCUGUCGGCCAGAGCGACCAGCCAGGUUAAUAACCAGCUCCGAAGCCCGCCACACGGGUGAGAGACCUUUGGGAAGGAAACUGCGCCUGGGGACGGCCUGCUCGAAGGAAACUGAUAACCAGGAAGCCUACGGCCGCUUCGCUUCCAAAAUCCAGAGUCGGAGCCCUGGCGCCCUAUAGCUGCCGUCAGACACCUCACCGGGUCUGACGGCCGGCCUAGAGGCGGAGCCCGAGCUCUUUCCCCGCCCUCUAACGGCGACCCGGACUGCGUUCUCAGUGCGCCGGCGUAGGGUGAGGCCGGACUCUAUUUGGCGAUUAAGCGUGAGGCUGCGUUCACUACCCGGCAUGCUGUGCGCUAGUGACGGCCCUCCGCCUAUCCCCUUCCCAACUCUCCCCCCACCCCUCCCGCCGCGGCCCCCCUUCCCCUAAAGUGAGUGAGUGAGACGGGCAGAUGGAGGAGGGACUGUAAUGGCGGCGGCCGGCAGCUCCCUGCUCUGACCCACGGCAGGCACACAGUAACGACCCCUUCCCCGCCCCUCUCCCGGCCGGCCUCCGCCCCGCAGCCAGCGCGGGGCCACCCUCUCCGGCCCUUCCCCCAGCUGUCGGCGUCUCGCCCUGCGCCCCGGCCGGGGCCCCACACACAAUGGACGAGCUUGCCGGAGGCGGUGGUAGCGGACCGGGGAUGGCGGCCCCUCCCCGGCAGCAGCAGGGACCUGGGGGGAACCUGGGCCUUUCGCCGGGGGGGAACGGAGCGGCGGGCGGCGGGGGUCCUCCGGCCUCCGAGGGAGCGGGUCCCGCGGCAGGCCCCGAGCUGUCCCGGCCGCAGCAGUACACUAUCCCGGGGAUACUGCACUACAUCCAGCACGAGUGGGCUCGGUUCGAGAUGGAGCGGGCGCACUGGGAGGUGGAACGGGCCGAACUGCAGGCCCGGAUUGCCUUUCUGCAAGGAGAAAGAAAAGGUCAAGAGAACCUGAAGAAGGACUUAGUAAGAAGAAUAAAGAUGUUAGAGUAUGCAUUAAAACAAGAAAGGGCAAAAUAUCACAAAUUAAAAUAUGGCACAGAACUGAACCAAGGUGACUUGAAAAUGCCAACCUUUGAGUCAGAAGAAACCAAAGACACAGAGGCUCCCACAGCACCUCAGAAUAGCCAGUUAAUGUGGAAGCAAGGCAGACAGCUUUUAAGACAGUAUCUUCAGGAAGUAGGUUAUACAGAUACAAUAUUAGAUGUACGGUCUCAGCGGGUAAGGUCAUUACUUGGACUAUCUAAUUCAGAACCAAAUGGAUCAGUAGAAACAAAGAAUUUAGAACAGAUCCUGAAUGGAGGUGAAUCUCCUAAGCAAAAGGGACAAGAAAUAAAAAGGUCUUCUGGUGAUGUUCUGGAGACAUUCAAUUUCUUAGAAAAUGCUGAUGACAGUGAUGAAGAAGAGGAAAAUGACAUGAUUGAAGGCAUCCCAGAAGGAAAAGACAAACAUCGGAUAAAUAAACACAAAAUAGGUAAUGAAGGUUUAGCUGCUGACCUAACUGACGAUCCUGAUACUGAGGAAGCACUGAAAGAAUUUGAUUUUUUAGUGACUGCUGAAGAUGGUGAAGGAGCUGGAGAGGCACGGAGUUCGGGGGAUGGCACAGAAUGGGAUAAAGAUGACCUCUCCCCAACUGCUGAGGUUUGGGAUGUAGACCAGGGACUAAUAAGUAAACUGAAGGAACAGUACAAGAAGGAACGAAAGGGGAAGAAAGGGGUGAAGAGGGCCAACAGGACAAAACUCUACGACAUGAUAGCUGAUCUGGGAGAUGAUGAGCUGCCCCACAUCCCUUCAGGAAUCAUUAAUCAGUCUAGGUCAGCCUCUACUAGAAUGACUGAUCAUGAAGGUGCAAGAGCAGAGGAAGCUGAACCAAUAACGUUUCCAUCUGGAGGAGGCAAGUCAUUUAUUAUGGGUUCUGAUGAUGUUUUGUUAAGUGUACUGGGCCUUGGAGACCUUGCAGACUUGACGGUAACAAAUGAUGCAGACUAUAGUUAUGAUUUGCCUGCUAAUAAAGAUGCCUUUCGAAAGACAUGGAAUCCCAAGUAUACACUACGUAGCCAUUUUGAUGGAGUACGGGCAUUAGCUUUUCAUCCUGUAGAACCUGUGCUGGUUACUGCUUCUGAGGACCAUACCCUGAAACUCUGGAACCUGCAAAAAACAGUUCCUGCCAAAAAGAGUGCCUCUUUAGAUGUAGAGCCUAUCUACACAUUUAGGGCCCACAUUGGCCCUGUUCUGUCAUUAGCUAUUAGUUCUAAUGGAGAACAGUGUUUCAGCGGUGGUAUUGAUGCAACCAUCCAGUGGUGGAAUAUGCCCAGUCCCACUGUGGAUCCAUAUGAUACGUAUGAGCCAAAUGUUCUAGCUGGCACUUUAGUUGGUCAUACAGAUGCAGUUUGGGGUCUUGCUUAUAGUGGCAUAAAAAAUCAAUUACUGUCUUGUUCAGCAGAUGGCACUGUUAGGUUAUGGAAUCCACAAGAAAAAUUGCCAUGUAUUUGCACUUACAAUGGAGAUAAAAAGCAUGGAAUACCUACAUCAGUUGACUUUAUAGGCUGUGAUCCAGCUCAUAUGGUAACCUCUUUCAACACUGGUAGUGCCGUAAUUUAUGAUUUAGAAACAUCACAAUCAUUGGUGAUACUUUCAUCACAGGUAGAUUCUGGUUUACAAUCUAAUAAUCAUAUCAACAGAGUAGUAAGUCAUCCCACACUUCCUGUUACAAUAACUGCUCAUGAAGAUAGACACAUCAAAUUUUUUGACAAUAAAACGGGUAAAAUGAUCCAUUCUAUGGUAGCUCACUUGGAUGCUGUUACAAGUCUAGCAGUAGAUCCUAACGGAAUCUAUUUGAUGUCUGGAAGCCAUGACUGUUCCAUCAGAUUAUGGAAUUUAGACAGCAAGACAUGUGUGCAAGAAAUAACAGCUCACAGAAAGAAACUGGAUGAAUCAAUUUAUGAUGUUGCUUUCCACCCGUCAAAAGCAUAUAUAGCUAGUGCAGGAGCUGAUGCCCUUGCCAAAGUAUUUGUAUGAAUCAACAAAAACUUGCAUCGUAACAAGAUUUGCUUGGACAGAAAGAGGGUCUGCAUCACUGCCAUCAAAAAGGUUACUGAUAUGACACUACAUGUGAUCUGCCUGGUGAAAGCUAUUUGGGGCAGGUACAAAUUGGUGGAAAUCACACCUUAAUGUCAAGCUCAUUAAGUUAACUGUAAUUACUGUAUUUUGUGGGACAAAGAAAAAAGGACUCCAGUAUUUGUGGCCUGUACUGGAUAUGAACUGAGCGUAUGUCUGUUUUUAGGUGUCUUUAAGCCAAUGUGGAGUCUGAUCUUUCAAAAAAGUUUUUUUUUUUUUUUCUUUUCUUUUCUUUUGGACUCUGUGUGCUGCCUUAGGGUUAGGAAUGUGGUGCUCUUGUUGGGGGAAGUGAGCUCCAAGAGUAGCUUUUUUUCAUCUCUUAGUGAUUUUCUGUUUAUCGGUUGAAUGCCACAGAUUCCCUUUUAAACUUAUUUUGCUUUAAAAAAAAGAAAAAGAAAAAGAAAAUUUAACUUAAAAUAUUUUAGCAUUAGUUGCACAAAAUGUUUGGAUAAAAUUCUAGUUUUUAUAAGUCUUUUUAUAUAUUUAGCCUGUCACAACAGUGCUCAAGAUUGUAUUGAAGUUUUUCUGCAUUAUACAACCCUAAAACACAGAGAUCUCACUGACCCGCUGCCCUGUAACCACUUUCUUUUCCUUCUUUUGCCUAAUACAGCUCAGCUAAGUCCUUCCAUAAAGAUGCUAAAUAACUUUCAUCAUCACAUAAAUGUCUUCAUAAACCAAGGACUAUUAAGUGUAUUAAAAUGAAACAGAGGGGUUUAGUACUCCAAAUGAACUCUUAAAGAAAAAAAAACUAAUCUUGGCAUCCUAUCACUAUGUGAUAUUUUGUACAUCUUACUGUAUUUACAAGUUUAUUUAUCAAGGAUUAUCCAUCUUGCUAAUGGCCUAUUAUUUAUUUCACUUUUUGUUGGUCUUUAUAUCCUUUUAUUAAUGUGCUAAAGGAACCUGUAUAUCUAUUUUGGAAAUCUUUGAAUAGUCUAAAAUAGACUAAAAAUGGAAUAUUUUAUAGUUUAAAUUACAAACCAAGAUGGUUCCCCCUAAGAUAUGUAUCUUGGUUUACCAUGAUUCCAAACAAAACUAACUUGUUUAAAAAUAUUUGGAAUAAAAUUUCAUUUGCAGUACAAAUAGGAUACAAAAAUAGUUGAAUCAGGAUACAGAAAUCUGCUGUGUUUUGACUAGUUAUCCCUGUUUUAUUUUUUUAGAUGUGCUUAAUUUUAUGGUGUAACUAAAGAUUUUGUUUGUGUAAUGCAUGAUUAAGACAAUAAAGUAUUUUUUCUAGUCUUCCAAGAAACUUUUCUGAUCAGUUUGCGAGUUUUGAUGAGUUUUGUAAGGUUUUUGUUUUACAAACUAUGAAUCAGCAAAUUUUUAAGAUUGUACCACAUAGCAAACAUACAGCUGUUGAAAAAUAAUGUAUAUAAAAUGCAUAUAAUAAAUAUUAAAUUGUGUACCUGUAUGUUACUGUUGGCUACAUCAUUUUGUGUUGAAUAAUAAAGUGCAAUACUUUACUCUCCGUAAUUAAACUAGGAAAUGGAGAUUU